GGCGGGGCCUACCCUCACGUGACGUUGCGUGGCGGCGCAACCGCCAUCUUGUGUUGUUGGGGCCGAGCAGUCGCUGUGGCUGUGAGGGACUCUCCGUCCGGGAGCGCAGGUCUUUUAAGGAGCAGAGUUCUGAUACAGCCAAGCUCCCUCCCUCCCAUCUGUCUUUAUGGUUCUUGAAGGCUAAUCAACCAGUUUCUGUAGGUUCAAGCUUUUUAAAAAAAGAAUAGAAGAAGAAACAAUGGCAGCAGAAACCCAGACACUUAACUUCGGGCCUGAAUGGCUGCGAGCUUUGUCUAGUGGCGGCAGUGUGACAUCUCCUCCUCUGUCUCCAGCUUUGCCAAAGUACAAACUAGCAGACUAUCGCUAUGGGAGAGAAGAAAUGUUGGCACUUUUUGUAAAGGAUAAUAAGAUACCUUCAGACCUUCUGGAUAAGGAGUUUCUGCCUAUUUUACAAGAGGAGCCCCUGCCACCAUUGGCACUUGUACCUUUUACAGAAGAAGAACAGAGAAAUUUCUCGAUGUCUGUAAACAGUGCUGCUGUCCUGCGGUUGACAGGACGUGGAGGAGGAACGGUGGUAGGGGCUCCUCGAGGUCGAAGUUCCUCCAGAGGUCGAGGCAGAGGCCGAGGAGAAAGCGGUUUCUACCAAAGAAGUUUUGAUGAAGUGGAGGGUGGAUUUGGGCGAGGAGGGGGCAGGGAAAUGCACAGAUCACAGAGUUGGGAGGAAAGGGGAGACAGACGCUUUGAAAAACCAGGGCGAAAAGAUCCAGUGAGACCAAACUUUGAGGAAGGUGGGACAGCAGCAACAGGGAGGAAGCAUGAGUUUAUACGCUCUGAGAGCGAGAACUGGCGCAUCUUCAGGGAGGAGCAGAAUGGGGAAGAUGAUGAUGGAGGCUGGAGACUGGCUGGGUCACGCAGGGAUGGUGAGAGGUGGCGUCCUCACAGUCCAGAUGGCCCUCAUUCUACAGGCUGGCGAGAGCACAUGGAACGACGACGGAGAUUUGAAUUUGAUUUCCGGGAACGAGAUGAUGAACGGGGUUAUCGGCGAGUGCGGUGCGGGAGCGGCAGCAUGGAUGAUGACAGGGACAGCCUCCCUGAGUGGUGCUUAGAAGAUGCAGAAGAAGAAAUGGGAACAUUUGACUCUUCUGGAGCAUUUCUCUCUUUAAAGAAGGUGCAGAAGGAGCCAAUUCCUGAGGAACAGGAGAUGGAUUUCCGACCUGUGGAUGAAGGGGAGGAAAGAUCUGACUCUGAAGGGAGCCACAGUGAAGAUGCUAAAGAUCAUGAAAAGACUACCAAGAAAGAGGGAGAGAAAACAGACAGAAUAGUGUCAGAACCAUGCAAUGUUACAGAAGCAGCAGAAGAAGCAGUCCAAACAUCUUCACCGGCUACCAGGUCAGAUAGCCCACCAAAAUCCCUUCAAGACUCACUGCAGACAAGCCUUUUUGAAAGGAAAGAGGAAUCUGUCCCAGAAAGAGCGGAAAAAACAGAAGAUAAAGAAAGUCGAACAGAGAAUACACCACCAGCCAAACUGUCCAACAGAGGGGAAGAUUUGGCUUCUGCUGCUCAACCUUUGCCACAGAUAUCUGCAGACACAGCUUCUCCUGCUCAUCUUUCUCCUCCUGUUUCCAAUUCAAAUCCUGCUCUGCGACCAGUUCAGACACCUGUCACAGCUGCUCCAGGCAUGGGCAACGUUCCCACUGACCCAGAUGAUGAAGAGGGCCUCAAACACUUAGAGCAGCAAGCAGAGAAAAUGGUGGCCUAUCUGCAGGACAGUGCUGUUGAUGAUGAAAGGCUAGCAGCGAAAAUUCAAGAGCACAGAGCAAAAGGUUCUUCUAUGCCAUUGUUCCAUGAAGCCAUGCAGAAGUGGUACUACAAAGACCCCCAAGGAGAAAUUCAGGGUCCUUUCAGUAAUCAGGAGAUGGCAGAGUGGUUCCAGGCUGGAUAUUUCACUAUGUCACUGUUGGUUAAGAGAGCCUGUGAUGAGACUUUCCAGCCACUUGGAGACAUCAUGAAAAUGUGGGGCAGGGUUCCCUUCACUUCAGGUCCAGCACCACUUCCACAUUUGGGCGAGCUGGACCAAGAGCGUCUGACUAGACAGCAAGAAUUGGCCCUGAUCCAAAUGCAGCACCUCCAGUAUCAGCACCUUCUCAUACAACAACAAUAUGCACAGGUUCUGGCUCAGCAGCAGAAGGCAGCCCUCUCAUCCCAGCAGCAGCAGCAGCUUGCUAUUCUCUUGCAACAGUUCCAGGCUCUGAAAAUAAGAAUAUCGGAACAGAACAUGAUGCCACCUGUUACAAGGUCUGUGUCAGUGCCGGACACUGGCUCAAUAUGGGAACUUCAGUCAGCUUCGCAACCUACAGUCUGGGAAGGAAGCAGUGUCUGGGAUCUCCCCAUCGAUACUGCAGCUCAGGGACCAGCUCUAGAGCAACUUCAGCAGCUUGAGAAGGCCAAAGCUGCAAAGCUAGAGCAAGAGAGGAGAGAAGUGGAAAUGAGGGCCAAACGAGAGGAAGAAGAGAGGAAAAGGCAGGAGGAGCUUCGGAGGCAACAAGAAGAGCUACUUAGGAGGCAGCAGGAAGAUGAGAGGAAACGACGGGAAGAAGAAGAACUGGCCCGCAGGAAGCAAGAGAUGACAGUGAGAGCUGAGAGGGGUGAAGCAGUAGACUUAAUCUGCCUGGACAUCAGGAAGGCUUUUGAUGUAAUACUGCAUAAAAGACUAGUAUAUAAGGAGGAAGCCUUGAGGCGACAACGAGAGCAGGAAAUUGCACUAAGACGGCAGCGGGAGGAAGAAGAAAGACAACAACAGGAGGAAGCACUUAGGAGAUUGGAAGAGAGAAGAAGAGAAGAGGAAGAAAGACGGCAGCGAGAAGAAUUAAUUCGUAAACAGGAAGAGGAGGCUGCCAAGUGGGCACGUGAGGAAGAGGAAGCUCAACGUCGACUUGAGGAAAGUCGGCUACGGAUGGAAGAAGAGGCGGCCAGACAACGGCUUGAAGAAGAGGAGCGAAAGCGCAAGGAGCUGGAACUCCAGCGCCAAAAAGAAAUAAUGAGACAGAGGCAGCAGCAGCAGGAAGCUUUACGACGACUGCAACAGCAGCAGCAACAGCAGCAACUUGCCCAAAUGAAGCUCCCGUCAUCUUCAACAUGGGGUCAGCAAUCAAAUUCAGGAGCUUGUCAAUCCCAAACCACACUGUCACUGGCAGAAAUCCAAAAGCUAGAAGAAGAACGAGAACGGCAGCUUCGAGAAGAGCAAAGGCGUCAGCAGCGUGAACUAAUGAAAGCUCUCCAGCAACAGCAGCAGCAACAGCAGCAAAAAUUAUCAGGCUGGGGUAAUGUCACCAAACCAACAGGCACUACCAAGUCCCUGCUGGAGAUACAGCAGGAAGAGGCAAGGCAAAUGCAGAAACAGCAGCAACAGCAGCACCAGCAGCCGAACAGAGUCAGAAAUACUACGCACUCUAACCUGCACACCAGCAUUGGGAAUUCAGUGUGGGGCUCCCUAAACACUAAUCCCAGCAACCAGUGGGCAUCUGACCUAGUCAGUAGCAUCUGGAGUAAUGCUGAUACCAAAAACUCAAACAUGGGUUUCUGGGAUGAUGCAGUGAAGGAAGUGGGACCUCGUAACUCGACCAAUAAAAACAAAAGCAAUGCCAGCCUCAGUAAAUCUGUAGGUAUUACAAGUAGACAGAACAAGAAGGUGGAAGAAGAGGAGAAGCUGUUGAAAUUGUUCCAGGGUGUUAAUAAAGCCCAAGAUGGAUUCACGCAGUGGUGUGAACAGAUGCUUCAUGCACUCAACACAGCCAACAACUUAGAUGUUCCCACGUUUGUUUCUUUCCUGAAGGAAGUAGAGUCUCCCUAUGAGGUCCAUGAUUACAUCAGAGCAUAUCUUGGAGAUACUCCUGAGGCCAAGGAGUUUGCCAAGCAGUUUCUUGAGCGCCGUGCCAAACAGAAAGCCAGUCAGCAGCGGCAACAACAGCAGCAACAGGAUUCGGUGUGGGGAAUGAACCACAGUUCGCUACAUUCAGUCUUUCAAACCAAUCAGAGUAACAACCAGCAAUCGAAUUUUGAAGCUGUGCAGAGUGGGAAGAAAAAGAAGAAACAGAAAAUGGUUCGAGCAGAUCCCAGCUUGUUAGGGUUUUCAGUGAAUGCCUCAUCAGAGCGGCUCAAUAUGGGAGAAAUAGAGACUUUGGAAGACUACUGAGCAUGUGCAAAUCAACUGGCUUUUGCUGCAUCUGUUAACCCUGGAUUCUCCAUUUUGGACACAGUACUCUCCACCAUUCAUUCUUCUUCGCCUCGCAGUGAAUCACAGAAUCAGUCAUCUCAGGCUGCUGCUUCUGGUUCCAGUAAACAAUUUCUGCCCAGGACUGCACAGGCACUGUUCCUGCUGUCUUGAGAGUCUGCUCGGGAGUCAGCUGAACUUUGUUCAGAGUCCUGGGAGGGUGGGAGAUCAAAUUUGUUCACAACAAAGCUCGUUUGGACAGCAAGCUUUCACUGUGCUGUGAUUUCUUCUACUGACAUACCUGGAAAAAAAUCAAUUGGGAUUCUGCAAAAACUGUUGCUUCUCUCUCCUGGUUACUCUUACCACAUCCAACACUUGCAGUCGUGAAGAGAGAGUUUGUGGUUAACAGAUGUUGGUCAAAAACAAAAUGCCACACAGAUACUGACUUCUGCGCUCCAUCAGGGCAAGAGGUGCUCUCCCAGCCAGGAGUUGCAUUCAUAAGCUAACCUUAGAACUGGCGACAGCAGGAGAGGGGCGGUGGCGGGCGCAGUUUAGCUUGGGUUGGUUUGAAGUUGCACACCCCCCUGCCAGCCCUUCUCAGCACAUUAUUUUUGGAGGGAAUGCUUAAGUCUGUCUUCAUUAGGUGGUGAUGUUGAAGCUGUUGGAGUUUCCUGUCAGCAUAUCCAGCCUUCUUGAACAAGUGGGGACUUGUACUCUCGUGGGGAGGAAGAGGGGUGAUAUCUCUUCUUUCAGGUUGAAUUUAUCCCUUAAAUGGUACCUUCUGAGGGUUAGGACCAGUUUAUUUUCAGCUCUUCUCCUGCAAAUUUGUCUCGUUUAAGAGACAGUAGGAUCUUUACCAUGUGGAUCUCUAGUCUUUGGUGAGAGUGAACACUGGCUUUCCCAUCUGUACCCCCGCAGUCUUAGCUAGUUGCCAUUUCCAACAAUGCUUUGGUUAACAAACGGAGAUGCCCUUUUGUAAUGGAAAGAGACUGUGGGGGGCGAAGCUAAGUGCAGUGACGGCCCUGCUUCUCUUCUACACGUAAAACUACAUCACGCACCUUCACUUGGAUCCAUAAUGUUUAAGUAUGGAAUCACAACCUUCCUCUCUCACCAGAAGAUUGCCACCGCCUUCCUUUCUCCACCCACCCACGUGCACACACCACACAAUAAAUCUAAAACUGCCAAAUGCACUUAGUUUCAGCCCCCUGGUCCCAUCUCCCAUUCCCAGAGGGGUAUAACCUGCAAAGGGAGCUAUGGUGCAGGUUUGGUGGAGGUGUAUGAAGGUCACUUUGUCAUCACUGCCUAAAGAAAACAGUUUGAGUUGCUCAAGAGCAGUUUGGCUUCGAAUUUUAUUUUGUUUGAUUUAUUCAUUUUUUGGGGUCACCUCCUCCUCCUCUCUCUUCCCCCAGCCCCCAAACGUGUACAGUAACUAUACAGAGACUGCUGCAGACUUGUAUAUAGUUUUUGGAUCCAAUAGCAUGGAGAGACUUGGAACUGUUGCAAAUCUGGUCUCCCUGUCUCCUUUGCUUUGUAAAUUCAUAAAAGGGGGAAGAGGGGUAGUUAAAAUGUUUACAAAACUUUAAACUCCCUCUGAACUUUUGCCAGUGUGGGAGGGGAGGGAAAGAGAGAACUUAAAUAAAACCUGGUUGUAUUAUAUCUGA